AAAAACGCAGGCAAACAGGACGCCUAUCCGGAUUUUCUUUAUUUCUCUCUCUUUGUCUCCGGAAGUGACGUCACAUGUAUUCGACAGUAGCAGUUUCCUACGCUCCGUUGUUCGUAAACGUUGUUGUCGAAAAACAGGCGGGAAUUCUACGUAUAUUCCUGAAGCAAUGCAGGGGUAGUGAUGGCAGCUUAUCGUCAUUCAUAUGCGGUUAUUAGUAAAAGUAAAAAAAAAAAAAAAAAAAAAAACGCGGCGACAAUGUCCUUUCAGUUCUCCGAAUACGUAUUUACUAACUAUGCCACUAGAAAACGCCGUUGUAUGGCAUCGCAUCGCGUCGACGGUGACUCGAAGUACACACUUGAUCUUUAUCUGAUGGAAUGAAGCCUGCACGCCCCACAUCGGCUAGAAUCACGUCACUGGAGGCAGCGCCGCUUUCCACAGUGCAAAAGCGCGCACAUGCAGCGUCGUGUUACAUGUGUACGCGGCUUGAUGCACUCGCGCCAGAUUUUCAAACUCCGCGUUUUACUCGAUGUGUUGCGCGUCGCCAGCACCACGCGGCGCUAGUUGUCCGUUCGUGUGGAAUCUGGUCUCUACAGCGUUUCGUUUUCGGCAUUCCCAGCGCCAUUCGGUUCGCAGACCUGGUAUUGAGGAGUCAUCCUGCGACGUCUCAGCCAUUGCAUUAAGGCUUGUACGCGUAAGUGAAUUCAGUGCGUCUAUACGCAUACUUGCGAGACAAUGAAGAACUGCGCCAGCCCAGUCGGUCUGACGCUGCUACUGUUCUCGAUGACGACCUCUUCGACGGGCACAGCCGGUAAGCUUCUGCCGCUUAAGAACGAACACGAUCGCACACGACUGCGAAUCGGAGUGCGAGGCGUAAUCAAUGCAUUCUCGCGUCGGCAUUCUCUUGGGGCAGCCCCGCCGAAGGUAGGCGAACUCGGUUUCCCUUCGGACGUCGCGCUGGGAGACGAAGUGAUCGUGCCCUGCGUGGUCAAGAAGGGCAGCGCUGGGCCUUUCGUCGUCGAAUGGUUCAAAGGCGGCGAGCAGCUGAAGAACGCGGCAGGCCGCGUCACCGUGUCCACGCCGUCCAAGAGCAGCGCGACCCUGCACAUCGCUGGCCUUCGAGCCGAGGACGUCGGCAACUACACGUGCGUGGCGCGGAACGGCUUCGGAAGCGACAGCGCCACUGCGCAGCUCGUCGUUCACGCUGCUCCAGUCUGGUCUGCGGAACCGAGCGACGCCGAGGCCAUACAGGGAAAGAAUCUGUACCUGCCGUGCGGUGCGGUGGGAUACCCGAAGCCCAACGUUGUGUGGAAAAUCCAGCUAGGUAACCGCGAGUUCGUGCCUCUGCACCCGGUGGGUCGGCAGCGCAUCCUCGACAACGGCACGCUGAUGGUGGCGGCGGUGGAGACGCAGGACGCCGGCGUCUACCGCUGCGAAGUCAGCAACGGCAUCGAGCCGUCGCUGGGCAAGACGGUGACCGUCUCCGUGCACGUGCCGCCCACCAUCGCCAAGGGAUCCACCGAGGUGUCCGUGAAGCGCGGUGACAUUGCCAAGAUCGCCUGUGACGUCACCGGCGAGCUUCCACUGGUGGUGACCUGGGAGAAAGACGACAGCCCGCUCAUACCUUCCACCGAAAGAUACGAGACGCACGAAGAAGUGACCCCUACUGGCGUCCAGUCCGUGCUCGUGAUCCACAACACGGUCAAGAAAGACGCCUCGCAGUACGUGUGCAUUGCAAAGAACGACUACGGCAAGACCAGGGACGUCUUCAGGCUCGCCGUCCUGGAACCCCCGGAGAGUCCCACCAACGUGGCCGUCACCGAGCGCGGCAGCCGCCACGUCCAGAUGAAGUGGUCGCAGUCGAGCAAGUCGGUGACCCGAUACCUCGUGCGCUACUGGAAGAAGUCCGGCAAGGGCAGCGUGCUGCAGGAGCGGGAAGUGGACGGACUGCGGCCCAGCCUGACCGUGACCAAACUGCACCCGGGCACGGAGUACACGGCCGUGGUCCUGGCCGAAAACUCGGUCGGCUUCGGCGAGCCCUCGGACCCGGUCCACUUCACCACCACCUCCGAAGAACCUGGCGCUCCCCCGAUGAACGUGAAGUGCGAGGCCCUUGACACCAAGACGAUCAAGGUUACCUGGGAGGCACCCCCGGCGGAUAAGCUGAACGGCGAGCUCCGCGGCUACUCGGUCAGCUACCGACUAGAAGGGACGCCCUUCAGCCACGAGACUGUCAACCGGAACGCCAAGCAGAAGGUGUUCACCGGCCUUCAGGCAGCCUCCGUGUACACGUUCUCGGUGAAGGCCUUCAACGACGUCGACUCCGGACCGGCUUCCGAGGAAGUCUCCUGCACUACCCUCAACGGAGACCCACCAUCGGUACCGAGCCUUCGAGUGACCGGCAUCACGUCGUCAUCCGUCAGCCUCAACUGGAACACCCCGCCCAACGUGGCCUCACCUGUCAUCCAGUACCUGGUCCAGUACGGCACGGACGAGGAGGACAAGGCGGACCUGCACAUUCCGGGCAACAAGGACACCGUGACGCUGCGGGACCUGCGCGCGGGGACACGAUACAACUUCCGCCUGGCUGCGUACAACAUGUACGGCCGGGGGGACUUCUCGCACAACCUGCCCGCCGUCACGCACCUUUCAGACGGCCGGUCGCUGCAGGUGACGACAGAGAGUGAAGUGCCCUUCUACUACCGCACCUACUUCGUGGUGCCCGUGGCUGCCUCGUUCACCGUCAUCAUCACGGCCGUGGUCAUCGCCUGGGCCUGCCUCAAGAGGGCAACCAUCAUACAGAAGAACGCAUACCUGAAAGUAUACGGUUCUUCCGAAUACUAUGGCGACUGUAAGCUACCUCCAGGCACCCCUCUGGUGAGCCAGUACGCCCGCGGGUCGUACGCGCCCACCAUGGAGCACGGCCGCAACAGCCAGAACACGGAGGAGGCCUACGACAUCCCCUGGGACGGACCGCCCACACGCACUGGAAUGAUCAAUGACGGCAUCGGCAGUUACGCUAGGCUCAAGACGCAGGGAAAGCGCAACAUCGUGUAACCGCUCUGGGACGACAACUAUGGCAGCUGUCGACGCCGGCUGCGCACAAACCCGGCUUCGCUGCAGCAAAUCAUCAAGUCAUGUGACCACAGCGAGUGAUUAUUGAUCACGUAUCGGUUUCGUACAUGCUCUGUCAAAAGUACACGGGCUACGCUGCCUGCGACUGUUAGGCUGACUGAAGGCUGUUCUUGUGCCAGCCAUCCCAUAAGUUUCAAUGCCCGGGGAAUGGAAAGAACUGUGGUAGUCACCAUCUAGUGUCAGGGGUAUCACUGAAAUUGCAGAGCACAGUCGAACAGCAUAUACCAUGAAGUUGCGGAGUGGCCUUUAUAGUUUUGACAAAGCAUGUACGCAAUGUACACGGAAGUACCUGGAUUGUCUGUGAAGCGCGAAUGUUCUCUUUUUCUUCUGUAUUUUCUUGUUUCUUUAUAUUUAUUUUGUAUUUGUGUUUUUCUUCGUCGCUCGUACCUGUGUCCCGUCUGUAAGAUAUUGCCGGAACGUGUGACCGGCUACAAGCUAUUAGUGCUCUUCGGGUCUAACCUGUUGUCAAAGCAGACGACUCUCGUAGGAUUUCGCGCGCACCCUUUGUUAUCGCACGUUUUCUGGUCAGCCGCAUAUCCUUACACGUUAGUAUUUAGAAGUAUUAAUUGGAAGUAUUUAGAGUUUUGUUAUACAUUUCACGCGCAAUCCAGGUCUGCCCUGUACUCCGAAAUUCGACGUUCGUGUUCUAUCGGUCUCCAAAGUACCAAGGUGAGUAUUUAACCAAACCCAGAGAAAAUGGGUCCAGUCGCUUUUUUUAGGGCAACAGCUUUCGAUGGGAUGCGCGGUUGUGUCAUAGCCUCCGAGAUCUGGGGGCAUGCGUGGGAGUGUUGAUCUCGAAGGUCAUGGUUGUGCCUUUGCUGGAAGCCAAGGCGUGUGCAGGAUAGCGCCACCUAGUGCUGUCUCGUCAGGUGCUAUCGUAACGUCUUGGAAGUAUGCUCAGUGACGUUCCAGCGGUUCUACUCUGGCUCUAGCGGCUACCGCCAAGCAAUAUUUCCUUUCUCUCGUAACAACCACGUGUCCCAUCGACUCGCUUUAGUCGCGAACACCAUGCUUUUAGAGCAGCGACGCCUCCGCGAUUUAAAGGGUAUCAGUGAAUCAGGACUUUGUAAAGACUUACCCUCUGGCUUUACUGUACUCGCCAACGUAGCUGGUCUACGUCCGGUAGUAGUAAAUGCUGCCUUGUUUUCGAGCUCCAGCUGAGGCGUACCUGUUUUAGGCCUAACCUAACACAGAAUAAACCAAGUACGGGGCUCAGCAGCCUUCAGCUUUCACGAGUGUGUUUCCCAGGUCAAGAGUGCAGCGGAACUGAGCGAGCCGUGUUGCAACGGCGCGUGUGCGUGUUAGAACAUAAACAAUCCCGAUCAUACUAACUUGAUAGUCAUACACAGUCAUACAUUCACACUAAAUGAGAGAACGUUAGCAAAUAUGCUUCAUGAGCAGCUAAGUGACAUCUGUGGUAUGUGUUCGUGAGUCCAGUGACCGCGAAUUAUAGGGUAUCCGUGGAUCAGCGACGGAGCGUAUUGAGUGUCGCUUCCAUGGAAUGUGCGAAAGUUCUUCCUAAUUUUAGGGCACUGUAGAAAGGUGCAAGAAUAGACUGUAAUAAUAUUAUCAGCAAAGCACGUGGGCUUUCUUAGCAGUUAUAAGAAUUGUAAGCUGACCUAUUCAUAUCAUCGAGAGAUCUAGGGAACGGCGGUAGAACACGUACUGAGUGAAAAAAGGCGAAUAUGUCAUAGCGUCAUUACAUGAAAAUUGCACAGGGCUUAUUGAAAACCACGUGGUACCUCAAUCUAACAGGAUUAUAACAAGUUUCAAGCGCGGUGUUCCGGACGCCUCAUACCGAUGGGGGCGACGUACAAAAAACGAUCGCGGCUGAUAUUAACGUGCUUUUAAAGAGCCCUAGAUAAAGGCAAUAAUUCUGGCCAGAAAUGCCCACUGAGACCUUCGUUGCCCGCAAUGCUUUAAGCCUUUAACGUCGAUAAACUGUGACUGGCGGAUUUAAAAAAAAAAACGUUAUACACGAGGCUGUUAAUAUCUGGAUUAUUAGGAUUAUGGGGCCUUUCUUAACCGGGAAUUGUCGCGCUCAAAGGAUUUUUCUAAACAGACUGGACAGUCGCGAACGCAAUGUACAGAGCUCGAAACUAAAUAAUAACGCACCUGAGUGUUAUUGUUGACGAUUUUGAGAUCCGUACGUGAACCGCGGUAUGAACAGACAAGAGCAUAUUCGCAUGUUCCCUAUUCAUGUUCCUAACCAGCUUCGCUUUAGCUUAUCUACUUAGUAUUCUACGUGUACAGCAGUAUUUGUCAUACGCACGUUUCUAUGAUGUCUGCGCAGUGAAUCGUAGCUGCAGCUCAAUUUUAAGCAGUGUAUUUCGUGUCGCAUUGUAUGUCUAAGAUGCAACUAACCGGCUUGUACAUACUGCGUUAUGCAUUUUGGUCACAAACCCCUACGUUAAAGCUGUCAGCGUGAUAAGCGCGACCAGACUGAACAUUGUCAUCUAAGUACAUCGACUGCUAUACGCAUUCAUGUAAAUUUGGAGGUUGUCAAUGACAUGCUCUGAACGUAAUACCUUCUUUAUCUUCCACUGUUGUUGUGUUCGCCCGCUUCGCCAUUUGCAUAGUUGCGAAGUCUCGUAAGAUGGGCAAAUUCGUAAAUGGGCAGUAAGAACCUGCCAUUUACUUCAAAAAACAUUGAAAUUACCUUCCUUCUGCUCGUGCAGCAUGCCUUGCGCAGCAUUCGUACACAAAAUGAUGUAUGUGAUCUUGCGCGAUUUCCUCGAGGGUAAGUGGAGAACUUACAGCUAGCCACUUUAAGGAACAUGCAACUUUGGAUGGAAUUUUGUGAAUCACUGAAUCUCACCCAUUUCGAUGUCUGUGACGUGUUUGUGCAGCGAGUACUAUGGCACUCGAUGAUGAGCGCCCAAUUGUGGCGUAAUUACGUUGUUGUUAAGUGUGUACAUAUUAUAUGCAUUUUGUUACAGUUCUUGUUUUUUGCGAACAUGUGCCCUAAGAACAAUAAAGGAAAUGUUCCCCUCUA